AUGCUAGCUUCAGCACUGGAUGCAGGUACCAUUGCGGAUGAGGCGGCCAACGAGUUGGACGAGAUUUUUGGGGAGGAUAGCAAAGAAGAUGAGGAAGAGGCUGCUGAGGAGAAGGAAAAUGUUAGGGAGAAUGAAGAGCUUGGGGAUAUGGACGAUAUUGGGCUGGGGCUGAACGGGCUUUAUCAAUUCGACCAAGUCAUGGAUGACCAAGGGUCUAUGGCUGACUUAUCACCAGCACCUACAGCUGCUCAGACCACUGCAGCUGUAGUCCCUGACAAUAACAUCGACUCCCUUCCUUUCGACCAGUUUGACAUCUCCAGCUUGGAUAUGAUUCAUCUCAACAGUUUUCUCGCAAGCCUACCGCAGGUGCCUUAUGACCCAUUCACAGCCAUUGGCCCAACAUAUGGUCUUGUGGAUCAGGAUCUCGACUUCAGCUUCAUGCACGACUCCUCAAAUUCAUUCAACUAUCAAUAUUCCCCGCCAGUUAUUCAUGAACCAACAGGUCAUCUUUUACCUGCGUUCCCAGGUGAUACUACCAUGCCUUGUAACUUACUGCUCUCUCAUUCCAAUCAUCUACCACCUACUCAAUAUUCCCCGCCGGUUAUUCAUGAACCAACAGGUCAUCUUUUACCUGCGUUCCCAGGUGAUACUACCAUGCCUUGUAACUUACUGCUCUCUCAUUCCAAUCAUCUACCACCUACUCAAUAUUCCCCGCCGGUUAUUCAUGAACCAACAGGUCAUCUUUUACCUGCGUUCCCAGGUGAUACUACCAUGCCUUGUAACUUACCGCUCUCUCAUUCCAAUCAUCUACCACCUACUCAAUAUUCCCCGCCGGUUAUUCAUGAACCAACAGGUCAUCUUUUACCUGCAUUCCCAGGUGAUACUACCAUGCCUUGUAACUUACCGCUCUCUCAUUCCAAUCAUCUACCACCUACUCAAUAUUCCCCGCCGGUUAUUCAUGAACCAACAGGUCAUCUUUUACCUGCAUUCCCAGGUGAUACUACCAUGCCUAGUAACUUACUGCUCUCUCAUUCCAAUCAUCUACCACCUACUACACCCCUCACAAGCACUUCCAGCAUCAACAUGACAGAUUCCAACACAUUUGACCGUCUUGCCAGUCUAGAAGAGGAAGGUCCACGUUGA